AUGUCGACUUCGUCAGGGCUACAAAGACGCCGAGGGGCCAAGAAACAAACUCCGUCGGGAGGCAGCCAGAACAACUCCAAUUCCUUUGACGAGGACAGGGAUGUGCAGAAUAACAAUGCGGACCAUAAGAUAGGCUACGAUGACCGCGACAUCAAGGACCGCAGCGAACUCAAACAGCCUCUCUUGACCCUUAUGGAGGAGGUGUUGUUGAUGGGUUUGAAGGACAAGGAAGGGUAUCUAUCCUUUUGGAACGACAAUAUCUCAUACGCGUUGAGAGGAUGCAUCUUGUUGGAGUUGACCUUCCGUAAUAGAAUCACGUUGCUCAAUGACCCGGCAAGGAGGAGGUUCGAGUUGAGCGAUCGCCUUGUCGAGGUGAUUGACUCGGAACCCACAGGCGAGGUCCUUCUAGAUGAGGCUUUGAAAAUCAUGAAGAGCGACGAAUCGAAUUUGUCUGUUACAAACUGGAUUGACUUGUUGAGCGGAGAGACCUGGAACUUGAUGAAGAUAAAUUAUCAGUUGAAGCAAGUGCGGGAGAGACUAGCAAAAGGAUUGGUGGACAAGGGGAUCUUGAGGACCGAAAGAAAAAACUUUUUCUUGUUCGACAUGGCCACCCACCCCGUGGCCGACAAGUUGUCGAAGGAGUACAUCAAAAAUCGAAUCUUGAUGCUUCUUGUGCCUAGAACAGUCGACCUCGAUACCGUUGCCAAUGACCAAUUCCCAAAGGACACCUCGUUUAGGUACUUGAGAACCAUUGCCUUGGUGUGUGGUUCUUACGCGGCAAACGUCUUGGAGAACGUCUUGUUGUCCUUAAACUACGACAAGAGAGAUCAAGCAUUUGCCAGAGCCGACGAGUUAUUGGCCGACUAUAGCGAGUUCCCCUUCAACUUGAGCCAUCAAAGCCCCUUGGGAUUAGGCUUGAAUUUGGGGCAAGAGGUUAGCGAAGAGAUUGAAAAGUCAUCAGCCUCGGAGUUGCAGUUGGAGUUAAUCGCCGCUGUCUUGAGCGUCUUUGCUAGAAUGGACUCUAUCCUUUGA